AUGGCUAUACUAUUCAUGCCAUGGAAGGCACGCGAUCCAUUGUCCCAGGUUAUUCGUCAUGGAGCCUGGCUGGGCGUGAUGGUCAAGAUCGCAUACGUCUUCACUGGUGCCAGAUGUAUCCGUGCAUACUCUACUUUUAUCCUCUAUUCAAUGGCUGGCUGGUCGCACAAAGCUGCGCUGUUUGAAUCUCUGAUGAUAGGAUUUGCACGAUUGCCUACAACCCUUAUACCGGUGCUGCUGGUUGACCGUUUCGGUAGACGGCCGCUGCUUAUCAUAUCCACAAUCGUUUGUUUUAUUUCACUCGGGUUAAUGAUUGUCGGAAUCGAUAUUGGACCAAGCUGGAGGAUUGCGACAUUGGUUGGCCUGACCACAGUUCUUCUGAUCAGCGCGUGUGGAAUCGGAUCGCUUUCACGGUUCUAUGCUGCCGAAUUGGUGCCUCGGAAGCAUUCUUCUCGAGUCCACCUCAAUCCUUACAAUAUUCAUGGGCAAGCGCUACUGGUGUUCUUCAUCCCAACGGCAAUUUUCAUGUUUCUUAUGUGGAUGUGUCCGGAAACAAGUAAACGAACGGUUAACGAGGUAAUGAAUGAUAUCGCUCAGAGGAAGAAGCUGGACAUUGUGAUCCCUACCUAA